AUGGUGAGUUUCAAACAGGCCGUUGUGGCCUCUAUCUACAUUGCAGCUGCAACAGCUGUCGACAUUACCGUCAGUCGAUCUGGUGGGAAUGCAACUGGAGACGCAAGACAUCACUAUGGCUAUGGCUUUCUUCACGAGGUGAGAAUACCACAUGUACUGGAAUUGACUCUGCUAACAAGCACUGCUCAGGACAUAAACAACUCCGGCGAUGGAGGCAUCUACGCCGAACUCAUCCGCAACCGUGCCUUCCAAUUCAGCGAACAGUAUCCCGUGAAUUUAAGCGGAUACCAUCCAGUCAACGGCGCCGCCCUCAGCCUCCAAUUCCUCCAGCAACCACUCUCAGACGCAUUACCCGCUUCCCUGCGAGUCGGUCCAGGCAACGGCACUUCAUCCAACCCCAUCGGCUUCGCCAACGACGGCUACUGGGGCAUCGACGUCAAGCAGCAAAAGUACACCGGCUCCUUCUGGGUCCACGGCUCCUACAAAGGCCAAUUCACCGCUUCCCUGCAAUCCGCGCUGACAGACGACGUCUUUGGCACUGUCAAGGUCGACUCCAAGGCUCAAGCGGGUCAAUGGAUCGAGCAUGACUUUGAGCUGACCCCGGAGAAGAAUGCACCCAGCUCGAAUAAUACUUUUGCCGUGACAUUUGAUCCUAAGGGGACGGCGAAUGGGACUUUGGAUUUCAAUUUGAUUAGUCUUUUCCCGCCGACUUAUAAGGGGAGGAAGAAUGGGUUGAGGAUUGAUAUUGCCGAGGCUUUGGAGGAGAUGAAUCCAAGCUGGCUUCGAUUUCCUGGUGGCAAUAUGCUCGAAGGCAACACGAAUACCACUCACUGGGAUUGGAAAGAUAGCAUCGGUCCCUUGAAGGAUCGGCCUGGUUUCCCUGGUGUUUGGGGCUAUCAGCAGACUCAUGGACUUGGUCUUGUGGAGUACCUUGAGUGGGCGGAGGAUAUGGAUUUGCAGAUGGUCGUCGCUGUCUGGGCUGGCCUUGCCCUCAAUGGAGACGUCACUCCUGAGGACCAACUCCAGCCUUUCAUCGAUGAUGCCUUGAACGAGAUCGAGUUCAUCGUCGGUCCAGCAGACUCAACAUGGGGCUCACGCCGCGCUGAGCUGGGCCACCCGGAGCCUUUCAACCUCUACGGCGUCGAGAUUGGAAAUGAGGACUGGCUCGCCGGCUACCCUGAAGGUUGGGACUCCUACAAAGCGUAUCGCUUCCCCCUGUUCCACGACGCCAUCCGCGCCGCAUACCCAGACCUCCAAGUCCUCGCCUCAGCAGCAACCUCAGACCCCGCCGGCGAUGGAGCGACGAGUGGACCAAACAUCACCGACGGCCUGCACUUUCCCAAGGACACCAUCGGCGACUACCACCCUUACCGCGAGCCAGAUGAGUUGAUCGAGGAGUUCGACCGCUUCGACAACGACAUCGGCCACAUCAUCGGCGAAGUCGCCGCCACCCACCCCAACGGCGGAACCCGCUGGUCCGGCGGCCUCCUCCCCUACCCCAUCUGGAUCGGCGCAAUAGGUGAAGGCGCCAGUCUCAUCGGCUACGAACGCAACUCCGACCGCAUCCGCGGCACCUUCUACGCCCCCGUCUUGCGCAACCUCAACCGCUGGCAAUGGGCCGUCACGGUCCUCCAAUUCGCCGCUGACUCCGCCCUCACGACCCGCAGCACGAGCUGGUAUGUCUGGAGUUUGUUCGCGCACCACCCCAUCUCGAAUACCCUUCCCGUCACCUCAGACUACGGCCCAGUCUACUAUGACGCCGGCCAGGACACCUCCCGCGGCGCGCUCGUCUGGAAAGGCAUCGCGUACAAUACCACCGACCACGCUCCCGUUCCCGUAAACGUCAAAUUCGAAGGCGUUCGCCCAGGCACCAAAGCCGUCUUGACGGUUCUGACGAACGCAGCGGGAGAUCCUUAUGCGUAUAAUGAUCCUUUCACGCAGGUGAAUAUUGUUAAUACAACCAGUACCACGUUGACGGCGGGGAGGGAUGGCGGGUUUGUGUUUGAGCUGCCUGAGUUGAGUGUUGCGGUGCUCGAUACGGAUGUGGGUGUUAAGCAUCCUUGGGGUGGACAUGGUGGAGGUUGGGGCGGGCAUUGGGGUGGUGGGUAUGGGCAUGGGGAUGGAGGGCAUUGGGGUGGGGGACAUUGGCGGUGA